UGCGUUGUUUCACAAUCACGCUAGUAUAUAUAAUGGUAGAUUGUAAAGGGUGCCUCCCACUGGACGUUCUGCGAUGUCAGUUUGUAGGUCGAGUUCAGGACUGUUUUUUCUUAUCUGAGCCUAACCUCAUUCAACUGGUUGCCUCUGUGUGUCUUUAAUGAAGCUCAUAAAUGGCAAAAAACAAACAUUCCCGUGGUUUGGCAUGGAUAUUGGUGGAACCCUGGUCAAGCUGGUUUACUUUGAACCAAAGGAUAUUACAGCAGAAGAGGAGCAGGAAGAAGUGGAGAACCUGAAGAGCAUCCGGAAGUACCUGACUUCUAAUACUGCUUAUGGGAAAACUGGGAUCCGCGACGUCCACCUGGAACUGAGAAACCUGACCAUGUGCGGGCGCAAAGGGAACCUGCACUUCAUCCGCUUCCCCACCUGCGCCAUGCACAUGUUCAUUCAAAUGGGCAGCGAGAAGAACUUCUCCAGCCUCCACACCACCCUCUGUGCCACAGGAGGUGGGGCUUUCAAGUUUGAGGAGGACUUCAGAAUGAUUGCGGACCUGCAGCUGCAUAAACUGGACGAACUGGACUGUCUGAUUCAGGGCCUGCUUUACGUCGACUCAGUUGGCUUCAACGGCAAGCCGGAAUGUUACUAUUUUGAAAACCCCACAAAUCCUGAGUUGUGUCAAAAAAAGCCAUACUGCCUUGAUAACCCAUACCCUAUGUUGCUGGUUAACAUGGGCUCAGGUGUCAGUAUUCUAGCAGUGUACUCCAAGGACAACUACAAAAGAGUUACGGGGACCAGUCUUGGAGGUGGAACAUUCCUAGGUCUAUGUUGCUUGCUGACUGGUUGUGAGACCUUUGAAGAAGCUCUGGAAAUGGCAGCUAAAGGUGACAGCACCAAUGUUGAUAAGCUGGUGAAGGACAUUUACGGAGGAGACUAUGAACGAUUUGGCCUUCAAGGAUCUGCUGUGGCAUCAAGCUUUGGCAACAUGAUGAGUAAAGAAAAGAGAGAGUCCAUCAGCAAGGAAGACCUCGCCCGGGCCACACUGGUCACCAUCACCAACAACAUUGGCUCCAUUGCUCGGAUGUGUGCACUGAAUGAGAAUAUUGACAGAGUUGUGUUUGUUGGGAAUUUUCUCAGAAUUAAUAUGGUCUCUAUGAAGUUGCUAGCCUAUGCCAUGGACUUUUGGUCUAAAGGACAGCUGAAAGCUCUGUUUUUGGAACAUGAGGGUUACUUUGGAGCUGUUGGGGCCCUGUUGGAACUGUUCAAAAUGACUGAUGAGCAGUAGAGGGAACAGCCCCCUGUGAGGACAGAGAAUGGACAGUUACUGCCAGAGAAGGUGACAUCUCCUUGGGACAGAAGCCAAGCCUCUAUGGUGGAUGAACCUGCUGUAUUUGUAAAUAACUUAAAAUCCUUGAUCUUUUGCUCUUAGGUUUCAAGCUUAUGAUUCAAAUGGGGAAUAUAAGAAUUUUUUCUGUAUACUGUAUUUUUUAAAAAAAAAAAAUUGUGCAGCGUGGCCAAACCUACCUACCAAUUUUAUGCAUUAACUUUUGAAAAGUUGUAUGAUCUUUAAGAAAGACCUGAAAUGUAAGCGCUGUUCACUUUUCUUCUGGGGUUUACUGAUCAGUGUGGUAAUUUUAACUUCAUUUAGUAAUUACUCUAGGAGAUUUUACCUUUACUUACAUUUUUUCAUGACGUUUCAUGAUUUGCUGUUGGUUUCAAAUGAAACUACGAAUCUGGCAUGUUGCACUGUGAACACUUUUUGUUUGUUUACUCUUUUUUUUAAUCCUUUCUGUUUGAAUGUCUUAUGAAAAAGGGUCCUUCCCUAUUUUUGCCUCCUCCCAUUAUAUCCCUCUUCUCUAUCCAGAUGCUUUAUUGUAGUUGCUCAUGUCAAUCAAGGUGCUGACCAAUUCAACACAAAUUUAAACACAUAAUCUGAAUUUCUAAAAAUAGUGCCCACAGUGAAAAGAUGUUAAAAGGGUUAAUGAACCUAAUGAAUAUGGAAAAAUUUGAAAAUGAUAUGCAAUUUCGUCUUUGUCUUCUCCGUUAUAACUAUAAUGUUCGGUUGGAUUUAUUUUCUACUCUGUGGUAGUACAUUGUAAUAGUCUAUGAUCAAACGUCCUCAUUCAUGUACGCCCUAUGAAUGGCAGCAAAUCCCUGUGCAAGAGGUUUGGAAAGUCUCCCAUAGCUGACCAGGUCAUAUUGGAUUUAGGGGAAGUCAUGGGUUGAGAUGUUAGGUAGUAAUAGCUAUCUGUUUUGUAGAUGUAUGUACCUAGGACCUUUGCAACAAGGCACCUUAAGUAAUAAUGUUAAGGGUUUUUUAUUUCAGUGUUAAUAUUUUAAGCUGGAUCUAUAUUUCAUUUCUAAAACAAAUAUAAUUUAUGAUAUGCGUGCGUGCAUGCGCGCACACACACACACACACACAAAUGGUUCCUUUUGGAAGGUUUUCGCUAAGACAGAUGGGUCACUUUCAAAUGAGGAUCUUGAUUACGUGAGAUCUAAUGAUCUUUGGGGUUGAGGGUUCCCUUGAAAGGUUUUUUUUUUUUUUUUUUUUUUAGGCAAUAAAGUUACUCCAUGGUAAAUCUCUCUUCCCUGCCUUGUGGAGCACCAUCUUUAAUUUCCAUAUCCUUAAAUUUUGAAAAAGUUGAUGCUAAUUGAAGAAUUCACAUGUCUGGUUUAAAUAAAGCCCGUUUCUGUUGUGAUGUU